GCUGGGAAGGCACCUAAAGAAAGGAAACCUGCAGUCAGCUGAUUCUGAAGAAGUCACCUGAUUAUGAUGAUGAUGAAAGGUUUCUUCCACUGAAAGUGUUCAGAUGACCAGAAUCAGCUUUUUGGGAUAGGGUUAGUAAAUUUUAUUUAUAUUCACCACCUUUUGAGAUAAAAUCCUGCCACAAAGUGCUUUACCACACACACACACAUGUUCAUGUGCUGUAAGGUGGAGCAGCAGCUUGCCUCUGUGCAGGUGAGUGUGGAGGCGCGGCUCUCAGAGGAAUCCCAUCAUGCUCUGCACAGACCCCUUCUCAGUUUUCGUUCUGAAGGUCGAGAAGACAUCUGUGUGCAGUCCAGAAACGUGAGAGUGCGCUAAUGGAGGGAUAAACGGAAGGACUGAGAACAUUUUUCUGGCUUCCCGUUAUGGUUACGCUUUGUGGUUAAAUGUCAGCCAAUCAGAGCUCAGGCUGUCACAGCUCAGGUUGCAGACUGAAGAUGAAAGUAGGCCACACUCACACACUUGUACCUGUACACCUCUGAGGGCCUGAAACAGAACGAGAACACACGACCACACGCCAGCACACCUCAGCGACAAAUAAAGGUCAAAGGUCAUGAUAUAUGAUAACAGACACACUUGUCAAAGACUUCACUUUGGCUUCAAGUGUGUGAGCAGUUAGCCAAGGUACACAUGUAGCCAUGCCCCGAGUGAUGCAAAGUACAAUCCAAUCAGGUUCAUCUUCAGACUUUGAACAGGUUUACAUACCUCUAGCUCCCGAACGCUGUCAGGUAUCAGGUGUCUGCUGCAGAGCGAGAGGACACCACCCACCUGUACCUCACCUCAGCCCUAUAAGAGACACUCUCACUGCACACCUGUACAUCCUCGGAACCAGCAGACCUGUGAUCUGAGGCUGCAGGUAAGUCCUGAUUCUUUAUAGCUGUUGUGUAUUCAUGUGAUUCUUAUUCAGCCAAUCAGUAGCUAGAAAUAUAACUGAAUAUGAGUGAUCUUAAUAAUCUAGUUUUUUCACAUUCACACACACCUGUAUCACUCCAGUGUGUCCUCUGUCUCACCCGAGUUAUUCUAUGCAAUAAUGAACCAAGUCCCUAUUGGGCCUCAGAAUCAGCAGAUUUUGACCUUUGACCUUCAUGCUGUGAAUAUUUCAGCAGUGGCUCCAGAUUUGGUGUUUUUACUUCAGCAUCUUUGAUCUUCUGUCCUGUGAGCAUCACUGAGAUGAUCUGUCAGUUUCAUGUCCCUGACGCAGAGGAGCAGAAACCUGAUAUUUCAUCUGUUUCUGAUUGGUGCAUUCUGCGUAAGCUGUGGGCCAGGUGUCUGCUCAGGACAGCUGAGAGCAGGUGACAGGUGUUUAGCGAUCUGUUCAGACUGUGAUGUUUCCUAUGCUCUUAUUAGGGUUAGUGUUAGGGUUUCAGCCUCGAACGUUUCACCUGCCGUACUGAUGACCAAAAACUUUACCUUAAAGUUUCAGCUGAAGCUUCUUUAGUCCAGUAACAGUGCAAAAGUACAGGCUCUGACUCCGUAUGAAGGUAAAAAAGAGCGUUUCUACCUCGAAUGUGUGCAAAGGAGACUGUACCUCAUGUCGUAUUAAUAUAACAAUGAAGUAACAGUAAAGUUUGUCCAACUUCACUUCUAAUUCUAAUGAAUAUCAGCUGAACAUCUGUGAUCCAGGAAAAAGCAAAUAAAAGCUGGCUGUGUCAGAUGUUCGCCUCUGCCUCCACACCUGAACGGCAGCACGGGUCCAGUCAGGGGUCACGGUGGGAUUUAGCAGGGGGAGGAGCUCUGAGAUCGGGUGUAGCGGUGUGGCGUGAGGAACAGUAAUUUCUACUGUGAUCAGCUGACCACUGCUGCUCUUUUUGGCUUUAACUGAAUCCAACAAGGUCUAAGCUGAUGUUGCUCACGCAUUCAUGGCUGAUUUCACACCUGCACAGUACAAGGCUGCUGGGAAAUGUAAAUUACCUGACACUGCUCUAAUGUAGCACUAGCUAAAGUACCCUGAUCACAACCUACAGACGUGUGCAACAUGAAUGCUGCUUGGGAUAGCUCUGCCCACUUUAACCCUGAGUAUAAAUAAUGCAUAGAUGUUUUUGUCUGUUUCGUCUCUUUGAUCGACAGACUAAUGCGUUUCUGUUUCCUCAGUUUAGGCUCACAUCAGUUUGACAUUUGAAGGUGCAGGAAAUAAAGACUUACCUGAAAUGUGUUAUAGUCUGUUUGAGACUGUGAGGAGAUAUUUGGGUUUACCUGUGGGGAGUAAAACAAAAAGAAUCAAAAGUACAGGAAUCUAAUGACCUCCCCCUCUGACUCACCUAUGUCUCACCUGUUGAUCUGCUUUAGGUCACUGAUUUAACGAUGUUCAUCCUUCGUUACCUGCAUCUUGUCCUCAGUGACAUCAUCACCCCAUCAUGCUUACAUCGCUUUCUACUGGAGUUCUUAGGGUCCACCCUCUUCCUGUCUGUCAGCCUAUCAGCUGUCGUGAUGCAGCCUUCCCACUCAAGCCACCUGCCAGCAGGUGUGCACCAGUCUGGACCUGUCUCACCUGUGUGCCCGCUGCAUGUGGUGCUGGUCUUUGGUGUCUCUGUUGCUAUGGCAGCCAUCUGUGUGGGAGGGGGUGCUCACCUGAAUCCAGCGAUUACCCUAGCAAUGGUCCCGACCUCAAGGCUUCGGCUCUGGAGGGCGGUGUUGUAUGUGAUUGGUCAGCUCUUGGGGGGUGUGGCUUCUGCAGUGCUGUUGCUGGGACUGACUGGAGAUGUCACACAUGCACUCAACCAGGUAAGUGUGACAGGUUGUGGGAUGAAUCCAGCUCGCUCCUUUGGUCCGGCGGUCAUCACACUCAACUUCAACAACCACUGGGUUUUCUGGGUGGGGCCUAGUUUGGGGGCGUGUCUUGCUGCUUUCCUGAAUGACCUGUUGCUACGGCCUCGCUGGCAUCGCCCUGGAGACUGGUGGGUGGAGCUAAAGCAACUGUAUGUGUUAACAGAGAAACAACAGCAGGUGGCGUCUCACUUACCGUAACUAAUGCACCAUUUUGUAGGACCGAGGCCAAACUGCAGCAAACAGGGACGGUAUGAGGUCCAGUUUCUGUUUUUGCUCAAUAUAAGACCUGAUUUUAUUAUCUUAUGUGCAUCUGUAAACACGUGCGUCACGGCUUUGUCUGAACACUUUAACAUUUGCUCUGAAGUCCUCACAACCAUGUUAAAUGUUUUUCAGAGAAAUGUGAUGAAUAAAAUCAUCUCACAGCAAAAAUAAACUGCAGCACCUUCGUUAAUGACAUUAAACACCUGAAAAACUGUCCGUGCAGAAUCAACUGAACCUCAUCCACAUAAACUCCUCAGAGUAGAAGGGUUGUUCACGGACACAGACCGUGCCAUUUCAGUCAGCUCAGCCUUUAAACUUUGUGUCUUUUAACAACAUGUUUGAUGCUUUUUCCAGCCUUCAUCAGGUACGUUUAUUGCCUCACUGAGUAAUGUGUCUGUUAAACUGUAUUAUUUUUCAUUUUCUCAGGAUGUGACUCAGGUCAUGUUAUCAUGCAUUAGUUUCCUGUUUCAGAGCUGAGCUGUGGUCUCACAUUGCUUUUUACUGUCAGCGUAAAUGAAUCCAGUAAAAAUGCUGAAACUUGUGAGUAAAAUGUUUGCGGGACAUGUUUAUUAAUCCUUUGUUUAAGAUUCAAACCUCAUUUCCAAGA